AUGAAAUAUGAAGAAGAGAAUAUCAGCAAUAACUUCUCCAAAUUUAAUAUUCUUAGUAACUACGAACGACCAAAAAUGUUUGCACAAACUGCAAAUGUGAAAAAAAAAGACCCACAACAUAAAAUUUCUGAGAUACUUGCAGCGGAUUCAACUAGCAAAGAUAGCAGAUCAGAAUCACCAAUAACUCCGUCGGAAAAAAAAUUGCAGGUAAUUCCAUACGAAAAUUGUCAGUUAUCAAAGAAACCAAAAGAAGUGCGAAAUCAAACGUCAGAUUUACAACUGAAACUCAAAAGUGUAGAAAAUUCUAAGGUUCCAAUGGCUCAAGAAUUGUCUGAUAGAGUGUUAAAAACACGAGAAAGUCAGCCCGUAAAAAGAAUCUAUCCAAAUUACGAGAAUUUAAAAAGCAACAAGCGAUGGAUAAACAGCAAACAAGAAAUUAAAGAGGAAGCAUCAAAGAGUAUUACAACUUCUCGUCGUUUUAUAAAAAUGAAAGUAAUACUGCGACAGCAUCUAUAUAAUAAAGUAGUCGAGAACGCUAUCAUAGCUGAAGUUAUUGAUACAUCCACCUUGAUAGAAGCACUUAAAUUCUUACUUUGCAAUACAUCGAUCCCAGCACUAUGCAGUGAUUACGGACGUUUAUUUUUACUUCCUGAUGACAAUCAAAACACGAAGGCGCGUGAGUUGUCUUAUGAAGAAAAUCGCUUCAAAAUGUUAACGGAAUUAUGUCCAACAGCAAUGAGAUGCUCAUUCUUACUAGAUUUGACAAACACAUUCCAUGCUUCGAAAUUCAGUCACUCUAGCUCAAGCUUCCCUUUGUGA